UAACUACAAUCAAAAACGCUGUAAAGUAAUUUGUUCUUAUGAUAACAUAUAUUAUAAAAAAAUACAAGAUACCGAAUAUAUUGAGAAAAAAAUUGUAGGUAGCUUGGGAUCCGGAAUUUUGUGUGACGGGGAAGAUGAUGAUUCCUGCUCAAUAAAUACUGAGGAUAAGUUUUAUUGUUCAAAUGUACUGUGUAUCAAAUGGUCGUGGGUUUGUGAUGGUGAAAAGGAUUGUUCAGAUGGUUCAGACGAGGCCAAAGAGUUGUGUGCUCAAUAUGAAUAUGGAACAAAUAUGACAACAAACUGCGGUAAAGGGUAUUUCAAUCGCCAUCAAAAUGUCAAAAAUGGUAAGUUUGAACUUGUUGGAACGGCACCUUGGUAUGUUGGAAUAUAUCAAAUAAGUAAAACAGAUACAAAACAUGAUUUUGCAUGUGGAGGGUCAAUUAUUGCCUCAAAUGUAGUCAUUUCUGGUGCUCGAUGUUUUUGGAAAGAUGAUAUGCUAUCUAAUAUAAUAUUAGUUAACGAUGGUCGAAUAAAAAUUGCUGUUACUGUUAUUGACAGUAACGUAACUCAAUUAACGAAUGUGGAAAUAGUUUACUUGAGUGGAGGUUAUAAUGGAAAAUUUGGGUUAUUUGCUAAUGAUAUUGCUGUUAUUGUGUUAGCGAAAAAAUUGUCGUUUAGUAAUGGCAUUGCACCUGUUUGUAUCGAUUGGAAUAGUAUGUAUAAAGUAGAAAAUGGAGAUGCAGGAAUGAUUAAUUUAUGGAACAAGAAGAAUGACUCACAAAUUCCUGUAUUAUUUGAAAGGUUCAUUCAAUAUAGUGAACCUGCUACUUGUCGACAAACAUAUCCAGACGAAUUUAAUCUAUACGUGACUUUUGAUAAAUUUUGUACCGAUUAUAAGCUGGGAGAAAUGUUAUAUGAUCGAGAUGUAGGAGCAGGCAUAUCCUUUUUACACUUUGAUUCGUAUUAUUUAACCGGGAUACUGAGUGUCACAGGUUAUGAUUUAAAUGAUACAAACACACCAGUCAUGGGUUUUACAGACAUUGAAUACCAUUUGCAUUGGAUUCGUGGAGUUUUAAAUAAACAUUUCACAGGGAAAUCGUGCGUUUUACCGACCGUCGAAGGAGUUGUAUAUUCUUAUGAAGGUUCUAAUGAAAUUUUAUCUCACGGGACAUUAAUUAAUAACAAACUUACUGUUAUUGAGAAUUGUGAGGUUGGAUAUCAUAAGGCUUAUACAUAUAGCUUUAGGUAUUGUCUGGGAAGUGGAAAAUGGUUAUCGAAUUUUGAUAAAUUGUGUUUCAAAAUGUGUCCACCUCUAGAAUCAGAAAGUUUAGAUAUUAAAUGCAGUCAUAAUUGUAAGUAUGCUAAUUGUUCGAAUUUUUCGAUGCCUGAUACAAUAGCGAUACCAUCAUGUAAGCCAACAUAUAUUGCACCAAAUGGACAAGAUCAUACUCCACUUGAAUUACUUUGUCAAUCUAAUGGAAAGUGGAAUAAACAACUAUAUAGUUGCAAUCCAUAUUGCGGUAGAGUGUAUAUCCAAAACCAAGUAUUGAUCGAAAACGGUGAAAUAGCACUUGUUGGAACGGCACCUUGGAAUGUUGGAAUAUAUCAAUUAAAUCAAAAAAAUUAUAAUUAUGACAUGAUUUGUGGAGGAUCAAUUAUUGCUCCAAAUUUAGUUGUUACUGCUGCUCACUGUUUUUGGCAAAAAGGUAUGUUAUCUAAGAUAAUAUCAAUAAACGAUGGUCUAUUCAAAAUUGCUGUUGGAAAAUAUGAUAGAAAUUUUACAACUAUUGACAAUGACUUUACUCAAAUAAUAAAUGUGAAAAUUAUUUAUCUGAAAGAUGGUUAUUUUGGACCUACUGGGUAUCAUACUGAAGAUAUUGCUAUAAUUGUGUUACAAGACACAGUUUCUUUUAGUAAUGGCGUUGCUCCUGUUUGUAUUGAUUGGAAUGGUAAUUACAAUGUAGUCAAUGGAGUUCGAGGAAAGAUAGUUGGUUGGGGAGUAACUGAAAAAGGUAUUACAAGUCCAAUACUAUUAGAAGCAUCUUUACCAUACAUCGAUCAUAUUUCUUGUCGGAAUAUGUAUACAAACGGAUUUGAACUAUUUGUGACUGUUGAUAAAUUUUGUGCCGGUUCUGCAUUGGGACAAGGGUUGGGUAGGGGAGAUAGUGGUGCAGGCUUAUGCUUUUUGCACUCUAAGUCUUAUUUUUUAACCGGAGUAGUGAGUAUAAAAGAUCCAACUUCAAAUAAUUCAAUCGCAGUUCUUACAGAAAUUAAGUACCACAUUCAAUGGAUUCGUGGACUGUAUAACAAACAUAAAUAAGUCCAAUCAGAUCAUGACAAUGUCAUUAAUUAAUAAUUUAUUUUAGUUGUCAUUUAUAUCAAUAUUUGUAUAAAUAGGUGUUGACUAAUGUAUAAUAAUUUUUAACAGUUCACACAAUUCUUCAUUUAAUUGAAACAUAAUAGGUACUUAUUGUAGUAUACGAGUACCUAAACAUCAUAUAUGUUAUAAUUACCAAUUUUCCAUUCUACAUUAAUUGUUUCAUAAUAAUUGCUAGGUAUUUUCCAAAGUAUUUGAAAUAAUUAAGUCUUGAGUCGUUUCGCUCUUUGAACAAAUGUACGUCCAGCGGCCAGUACAACUGGACUUGUUGGCAAGUGCGCUACCCUAGGCCGAUUCGAAAUAGCAACGGAGCACUAGGGAUGUUGUAUAUACAUUUUUUACUUCGGGUAUUUGGUCGUAGGAUUUUUAUUUAAGAGGAGGAUGCGAAAUGGAAUAGGAAAAAUAUUAUUGUAAUAUGUCAUAAAUCA